CCUUCAGUGGUAAUUGCAGCAGAGCAACGAUGGCCGCGACUCCAAUGCAAGGCAAAUGGGUUCAGCUUAAACAGAAAGGAACAGGACCAGGGGCAAGAAGCUCUCACGCCAUAGCUCUUGUGGGAAACAAAAUGUAUGCCUUUGGUGGUGAGUUCCAACCGCGUGUUCCCGUUGACAACAAUCUCCACGUUUUCGACCUCGAGACUGAGACAUGGUCGAUCCAGGAAGCUUCUGGGGAUGCUCCUCCUCCUAGAGUAGGUGUAGCCAUGGCUGCAGUCGGACCCAUCAUCUAUUUCUUUGGUGGCCGGGAUUCGACUCACCAGGAGCUCAACGAGCUCUACUGUUUCAACACUUCGACCAACCAGUGGAAACUACUCUCUUCAGGGGAAACUGGUCCACAAAACCGAAGCUACCACUCGAUUACUGCGGAUUCUCAAAACGUGUAUGUGUUUGGUGGAUGCGGGGUUGAAGGACGUCUUAACGAUCUAUGGGCUUACAAUGUUGUUGAUCAGAAAUGGAUUAAGUUCCCGUCUCCGGGGGAAGCUUGUAGAGGAAGAGGCGGUCCAGGCCUAGAGGUGGUUCAAGGAAAGAUCUGGGUGGUAUAUGGAUUUUCAGGAGAAGAAGCGGAUGAUGUUCACGUUUUUGACAUAGCUACAGGAGAAUGGAAAGAAGUUGAGACAAAAGGCGAAAAACCGUCAGCAAGAAGUGUGUUUUCAACUGCGGUUUUUGGGAAACAGAUACUGAUAUCUGGAGGGGAGAUCGAUCCUAGCGAUUUGGGGCAUAUGGGAGCAGGAUGUUUCACAGGUGAUGCUUAUGGGCUUGAUACAGAGACGUUGGAAUGGAGGAAAUGGGAGGAUGGGGUUGGAUCAGUGGAGCAUCCGGGGCCUAGAGGAUGGUGCGCGUUUGCGGCUGGAUCACGAGAUGGUAAGCAAGGUCUGUUGGUUUACGGAGGGAACUCACCGAGCAAUGAUAGGCUUGAUGAUAUCUUCUUCUUCACUCCCAACACUACCCAAGUGAUUGGUAACUAAGUAUGGUUUAGUUUUCUUGCUGGUGAGAGGCUGUGUGAAGUGUUUUUUUUUUUUUUUUUUCAUUUUCCUUAUGGAUUGGAUGAACUAUGAAGCUGUGUGUUGUGUUUCACUUUCCUCUGUUAUUUGUAACUAAAUAAUCGAAAUUUUCAUUA